AUGCAGGUACAAAUAUCCUUUCUGCUGCUGCCUCUGAACAUUGUCCAUGGUGGUGAUGGGUUUUUUUCUGAACGAUACCAAAAACAAGCCAGCAUGAAGGGGCCACAUUUCUUACCAUUUAACGUAAAACAGCAGGGUUUACAGAGAAGGGGAGAACAAGGACCUCCUGGUCUGCCAGGUCCUGCUGGUCCAAGAGGACAACCAGGCCCAGCAGGGCCACCAGGCUAUGGAAGUCCAGGUCCUCAAGGUCCACCUGGCCCCCCAGGUCCACCCGGAUUUUCUGCUGUUGGAAAGCCAGGCUUACCAGGUAUACCAGGAAAACCAGGGGAGAGAGGAUUAAAUGGUGAAAAAGGAAAUAUUGGACCUUCUGGUCUCCCAGGAUCAAGAGGGCCACAGGGGCCUCCUGGAAUUCCUGGUCCUGCUGGAAUCUCUGUUGCUGGCAAGACAGGAGAACAAGGGCCACCAGGAGCACAAGGGCCACGGGGUGUCCCUGGAGAAAAGGGAGAGACAGGUAUUCCUGGUAUAAACGGACUAAAGGGAGAAAAUGGAUAUGGAGUUCCAGGUCGCCCAGGUGACAGAGGGCUCCCAGGUCCCCAGGGCCCCCCAGGUUCCCCUGGACUUGCUGGGAUAGGGAAGCCUGGUGAAAAUGGGUUUCCAGGUCAGCCAGGUGUGAAAGGUGAUCGGGGUUUACCAGGUGCACCAGGACCAGCAGGCAUCCCAGGUUCCCAAGGUCUUCCUGGGGAACCUGGAGCAGCAGGAAUUGGAAAGCCUGGAGCAAAUGGGCCCCCAGGAUUGCCAGGGAUUCCUGGAGCAAAAGGACUACCUGGACCCACAGGCAUGCCUGGAUCCCCAGGUCUUCCAGGGUUUGGAAAGCCAGGUUUGCCAGGGAUGAAAGGACAUAGAGGACCUGAAGGCCUUCCUGGUGUUCCAGGAAUCAAAGGAGAUGAAGGCCCAGCUGGAGUUCCAGGAGAAUCAGGGCCAUCUGGACCACCUGGAAAUAUGGGUCCUCAAGGACUUAGAGGAAUACCAGGUGAAAAUGGCCUACCUGGGCCUAAAGGUGAAGCAGGACCUGCAGGCCUUGCAGGAUACCCAGGAGCUAAAGGUGACAGAGGACUACCAGGAUUAGAGGGAAAACCAGGAUACCCAGGGGAGCAGGGUCUUGCUGGUCCUAAAGGACCUCCAGGUUUACCAGGCCCGAAAGGGGACAAUGGUCAUGCAGGGCCACCUGGCCUACCUGGUCCAAUGGGUGUACCAGGACUUAAAGGAGGACCAGGAUUUAAUGGUGAGCCAGGCCCAAGAGGACCUUCUGGAAUACCUGGUAUAAGAGGUCCAAUUGGACCACCAGGCAUUCCAGGUUUUCCAGGCACUAAAGGGGAGCCAGGGGCACCAGGAUUACCAGGUCCAGCUGGCAUUGCUACAAAAGGCUUAAAUGGACCCAUGGGGCCACCUGGGCUCCCAGGCCCAAGAGGCAACAAUGGAGGGCCUGGAUUACCAGGCCCUCCGGGUCCACCUGGUCCUCCUGGUCAAGCAAUACUCCCACAGAUGCCAGACGGUUAUAUAAAAGCCGGAGAGAGUCAAGGCCUCACAGGAAUGCCUCUUAUGAAAGCAGGUAACCAAGGUCUAACUGGAAUUCCAGUAUCAGCUUUCUCUGCCAUUCUCUCCAAAGCCUACCCUGGGGCCACUUUGCCCAUCAAAUUUGAUAAAAUCUUGUACAACCGACAGCAACAUUAUGACCCCAGAACAGGAAUCUUUACAUGCAGGAUCCCAGGACUUUACUAUUUUUCUUACCAUGUACAUGUAAAAGGAACAAAUGUUUGGGUCGCACUCUACAAAAAUGGCUCACCAAUCAUGUACACCUAUGAUGAGUACAAGAAAGGAUACCUUGACCAAGCUUCUGGAAGUGCUGUCAUUGAUCUCAUGGAAAACGAUCAAGUCUGGUUGCAGUUGCCCAGUGCAGAAUCUAAUGGCUUGUAUUCCUCUGAUUACGUUCACUCCUCUUUCUCAGGAUUCUUGUUUGCUCAUAUGUGAUAGUAUCCCACCUUAGCCGUACCAAUAUUGUCUCUUUCAGACAAUUUUAAUUGGACUAUGAUGUGACACAUAUGACUGGACAUACAAAUUAUUUGCAACAAAGAGGAAGUGAGGAUGAUAGGGUAGGGGAGUUUGUUUCAAAAUUAAGAUUCAGAGUAACUUUGUGUGUUUCUGGAAGCCUGUCAGAGAUUUAUUUGCAAAAAUUUUGUAGUAAGGGCAAGUCAGCUGUCCUGCUGAAUACAACAUUAAACAUUAUGGUAAUACAUGAUGCAGCUCUUCUCCAUUUUACAAUUUCUUAAUUAGUAUUUCUAAGUUGAUUUUAUAUUUUAAAUGUACUCUUAAGCCUUCAAAAAGUAAUCAUUCCAGAUUACUACAUAUUUAACUCACUGAAAGAAAGACAUUAUUUUAAAUUAAUCAGUCACAGAAGUUUAGUGUGUUCAUAGCAAUGUUCAAGAGAUUGCUUUUAGAAAAAGAGAACACUAAUUUACUUUGUUAUAACAACAAUAGACAUGUUUAUGAAGUUUCAUCAACUUAAAAAAAUAUGUUUCCAAAGAUUUUAAGCAUAACAAAGGAUUUUAUAUUUUACUAGGUACCGAUUUCGCUGGAGGGAUCUCUUAAAACUAGUUCAUCAAAUAGAAGUAAAAAAAGAGAAACUCAUUUUUUCAGCUAUCUGCAAGAAAAGGGUGUUGUCCCUUUAAGGGCUCUCUUCAACAUGGGGGUGAAGGGAAAAGGUUAUAGGGAUGGACAGAAAGGACAGGAACGCUUUGGAAGCAAGUUUUUUUGUAUUAUAGUAAUUAAAUUAAAAUGUCUAUUUUAGAUAAGGGUCGUCUUUUGAAGGAUUUAUUUAAAAAAAACUAUACAUCUGAAAAGCCAAGCAUUUAAGGUUAAAGAUGAAUACUCAGAUUGUG